AUGAACCAGAGUUUCAAAGUCCCCGACAAUCAACCGCAGCAGAUCCAACGGAUUGAACAUGAAGAAACGAAGAAGUCCAUAAAGUGGAAGUGGAAGGCCGCCACAUACUGCCUUGGGCCUUCAUUUCUUGUCAGCCUUAUUCUGGCCGCCAUAUUUAUGCCUCUCUUUAUUAUUGAAAGGAAUAAGUCACCAGAGAUCACAAAGAAUGGCACAGUGCUCACCUCCAUCGUUACAACUACAACAAGCAUACCCGUGACCCCGACCAAAGAUCCACACGACGGGAAGCGCUGUGACAAGAACCUGCUCUACGGCGGCCAAGAACUCCACAACAUCAACAGCGACUAUGACUUGUUGCUGGUCGACGCUGUACAAGAAGCGUUAGACAAUGUACGAGAAGGAGGAGAGGACGUGGGUCAUAAGAUCACGGGGCAGGAUGCUGUCCUUGACGCAACUGCUGAAUUGCAUGAGCUGCUAUUGGAUCCCCUGAUGCUCAUCUUCAAAUUCGCUUCUAUCUCCAACCUGGUCAGCAUCGACGCAAUCUGCCGAUACCGCAUCCCGGAUAUGAUACCUCCUGGCGGCCAGAUCUCCUUUGGAGACAUCGCUAUAAAGACUGGCCUCGAGAAACGGGAGGUCAGACGUCUACUUGGAAACGCGAUGUCCAUGCGUAUUCUGAGAAGUCCGGAGCCAGAAAUGGUGGCCCAUACCAAGGUCUCCAAGUUCUUGACUAUUCCGUAUAUCAAUUCCUGGGUCGGUUUCGAAAGCAAGGAGACCUGGCCGGCCACUACCAAGAUUGCGGACGCGAUACAGAAAUGGCCAUCAUCGGAAGAAGCUAACGAGACUGGCUUCUCUCUUGCCAACGGAAAGUCGGUCUUCGAGGUCCUCUCCACAGACCCUACGCGGGCGAUGCGAUUUGCGUCUGGAAUGCAGGCCAUAGACCAUGUUCCAGGAUAUGCCAUCGGAAAUGUUACCAAGGUCUACGACUGGGCUUCCCUCGGAGACGCCUUCAUCGUCAAUGUUGGCGGAUCCAGAGGGCAAGCCGCCGUAGAACUGGCGAGCAACUUCAGGAACGUCAAGCUACUUGUCCAAGACUCGCCGAUGAUCAUUGAAGGCGCGGAAUCAGAUGUCCCCGAUCAACUCAAAAGACGCGUUGAGUUCAUGAAACAUGAGCUUUUCGAGCCGCAGACGGUACAGGCCGGUGUCUAUUUCUUCCGCAUGGUCUUCCGCAACUGGGGCGACAAAUACGCUCUCCAAGCCUUGAAGGCGCAAAUCCCGGCCCUCCGGCCUGGGGUCAAGGUUCUCAUUCAGGAUGUUUGUAUGCCAGAGAAAGACUCUAUUCCAUUGUGGAGAGAGCGGGUUCAGAGAUCUGUGGACAUGAGUCUGAAAUGCUUCUUCAAUGGUCGUGAGAGAUACCUGGACGAAUGGAAAGCUUUACUCACUGCGGCAGAUGAGCGAUUCAUACUUCAUCGGGUUUAUGUACCCGAGCGAUCUCUGUUGGGUAUCUUGGAGGUUCACUGGGAUGUGCCUGGUGCUGCCGAGGCUUCAAGGGGAAUCAACCAAGCUUGA